AUGGUUAGGGUAGAGUGCAAGGCCAAUUGUGGGUUUUCCAUGCUUUGCUCUAGAGUGGGCCAGAAAGAAACAUUUGCCAUAAAGACUAUAAAAGACACCCAUACAUGUGCUAGGGUUUUAGAAAAUAGAUCUGCAAAUUCUAGGUGGGUGGCCAAGUAUGUAGUGAAGAAAAUGCAAACAACAAACACAGUUAGGAUCUCUGAUAUAAUCCAAGACAUGAGGAAAAAUUACUCAGUGGGCAUAACAAUUGGAAGGGCUUGGAAAGCAAAGUUGAUUGCUAAGUAUAAAAUUGAGGGAGAUGCAGACAACCAAUAUGCUAACUUAUGGAGGUAUACUUCUGAGCUUCAAAGGGUACAUGCUGGGAACACAGUGAAGAUUACCAUUGAUAGACCAAUCCCAACUAUUCAGCCAAGACCAUUUAUUGGGGUGGAUGGGUGCCAUUUGAAGACCAAGUAUGGAGGGCAGUUGCUGAUAGCUGUUGGAAGAGACCCCAAUGACCAAUAUUUUCCUUUGGCUUUUGGUGUUGUGGAAACAGAAACAAAGGAGAGCUGGAGAUGGUUCAUCCAGUUGUUGAUGGAAGAUGUUGGUGUAGAAACAAGAUAUGUGUUUAUUUCUAAUCUGCAAAAGGGUAUGGUCUCUAUCUUUGAGGAGAUGUCAGAAAGAAUUGAGCAUAGACUUUGCUUGAGGCAUCUGUAUGCAAACUUCAAGAAGAAGUUUGAAGGAGGUGCAUUGAUUAGAGACAUCAUGAUGGGAGAAGCCAAAGCAACUUACCAACAAGGAUGGCAGCAAAAGAUGAAUGAACUUAAGGGAGUAGAUCCAAAGGCAUGGGAAUGGUUAAUGGGAGUGUCUGCAAAAUCUUGGAGUAAGCAUGCUUUUAGUUUUUACCCUAAGUGUGAUGUACUAAUGAAUAAUAUUGCUGAGUCUUUCAAUGCAACCAUCUUAAUAGCUAGAGACAAACCCAUACUAACUAUGUGUGAAUGGAUCAGAAAGUACUUGAUGAAUAGGUGUAGUAACUCUGCAAUGAAACUUGAAAAAUGGCCACACAAUAUAAUGCCAAUACCUAGGAAAGGAUUGGAUACUGAAGUGGAUAUGAGUGGGCAUUGGUUACCUACCUGGGCCAUGGAUGAAAAAUUUCAAGUCACACACUCCUAUAACAAACAACAGUUAGUUGUAGAUAUAGCUAGAAAGUCUUGUACUUGUAAUUUCUGGGAGUUAGUAGGCAUACCUUGUAGGCAUGCUGUUGCAGCACUAAGCUUUAGAAAACAGAAUCCAGAGUUGUUUGUAGAUGAAUGCUACUCCAGGGAUAGAUAUGCCAAAUGUUAUGGGUUUGCUAUGAUCCCUAUUAAUGGUCAGGACAUGUGGCCUGAUGUUGAUACUGAGGAGCUUUUACCCCCAAGCUACAAGAAAGGUCCAGGCAGACCUAGGAAGCUGAGGAUUAGGGAAACUGGUGAGGAAGGAGCUAGAAGAAGAUUGCCUGGUGUAUCUUAUAGAUGCACUAAAUGUGAUAAGGUUGGACACAAUGUGAAAUCUUGCAAGAGCAAGAAACAGCAUCCUAAUGGUUUGAAGAGAAAGAAAAAGGUUAAGUCUGGUGUAAGUGGUGAUGUCCCAAGUCAAACUGAGGCUACUUCUGGUGUGAGUGCAGCUGAAACAGGUGCAAGUGGUGAUGUCCCAACUCAAACUGAAGCUACUUCUGGUGUGAGUGCAACUGAAAUAGGUGCAAGUGGUAAUGUCCCCAUUCAAAGUGAACCUGUGCCAAGUCAUAGUGAAGCUAUGCCAAGUCAAAAUGAACCUGUGCCAAGUCAAAAUCCUGCAACACAAACUGCCUCUACUGCUGAUGUAUUUGGAGACAUCACUGAUGAUAUGAUUUCAAGUAUACCAGACAUCUGUCAUACAAAAUCUGCCAAUAGUUUGCCAAACCAGAUCAAGAAGGGGAAAGCUAAGGUCAAGCAAGAUUCCAUCCCAAAGAGAAGGAGGCAAAGUGAGAGGGUCAAACUUUUCUGGUUUAAAAAGCCUAUCAUUGGACCAGGUGCAAAGGAUCAGCCUAUCACUUUAAGUGAAGAAGAGGAUUGCAAUGGUGCUCAAGGUGCAAGGAAGGUUGCUAAGAAGGAUAAGAAGAAGUCUAUUGAAGAUCUUUAUUGA